AUGCUCCCCGAUAGCCUUCAUGUUACGUCAAUUGGCUGGUCCCAUGAUAGCCAGCGGCUCGCAUCCGGGUCAUUUAGUGGAGAAGUGUGGGUCUGGGAUCCAGUCACUAGAGAACGCAUAUCAACUCUCGAGGGACAUAGUCGACCAGUUUUUCACUUGCGCUGGUCACCGGAUGGAAGACUGGCGUCGGGAUCAGACGACCAGACAAUCAGAAUCUGGGACCCGGAGACCAGACAAUGUAUAGCAGACCUAGGUGAGAGUGACGGGGAGGUGCUAUCUAUUUCCUGGUCUUUGGAUGGACGUUGGCUUGCAUCAAUGACACACAGGCGUAAGGAUGAAGAUUUUCAAGUCUGGAAUCUGGGCAUCACGGUUCAGGAGUCAGGCACUGGAAAAUACAUCUCCUCGAUCGAUCUUCAGUUGCCUGUCGUGCAAUCUUCCGAUGACAUGUUUUCUGAGGUAGACGUGCCCACAUUUCUCGAAUUUGAUAAAAGCACUCCGAAUCGCCUGCAUACUGUCGCUGGCACAUUCGAAUUGAUCAAUGAUAUGCUCAUUUCGACCAGCCCUCUCAAUCUACCCCCGCCGUGGAACAGCAAAUUGGAUAUGGCCUGA